AUGGCACAGAUUGAGAAGAAUUCUCAUACCAUGGAACAGAAUUCAACAGUAUCGAACACUCUGGAAGUGGAUGGAGCUCUUUUGCCAACGCCAUCAAGAGAACUGUGGGAAAAAAUCUGCAACUUUCAAGCCAGGCCUGAUGAUCUUAUUCUGGCAACCUACCCAAAGUCUGGCAUGACCUGGACGCAAGAAAUUUUAGACAUGAUUCAAAAUGAUGGUGAUGUGGCGAAGUGCCAAAGAGCCACUUCUACAGAUAGACACCCUUUCCUUGAAGUAGUGUUUCCCUAUAAAAGAAAACCUGAUUUGGAGAUAGCUCUUGAAAUGCCCUCACCACGGAUGUUAAAAACUCACCUUCAAUCACACCUUGUGCCACCAUCUGUCUGGAAACAAAACUGCAAGAUUAUCUAUGUGGCCAGAAAUGCCAAAGAUUGCCUGGUGUCUUUCUACCACUUUUCCAGGAUGAUCUCAUUACUUCCUGACCCUCAGAGCUUCGACAAAUUUUGUGAAAAGUUCAUGUCAGGAGAAGUGCUUUAUGGGUCCUGGUAUGACCACGUGAAGGGGUGGUGGGCUGCAAAAUACCAACACCGGAUCCUCUACCUCUUCUAUGAAGACAUGAAAAAGAAUCCAAAACGUGAGAUCCACAAGAUGUUGGAAUUCUUGGAGAAAACCUUGUCAGAGGACGUUAUAAAUAAGAUCGUCCACCAUACCUCAUUUGAAGUAAUGAAGGAAAAUCCCAUGGCCAACCAAACUGCUGUUCCUUCCAACAUAUACAAUCACACCAUCUCGCCAUUCAUGAGGAAAGGGAUGCCUGGAGACUGGAAAUACCAUUUCACUGUGGCUAUGAAUGAGAAAUUUGAUGAGCAUUAUAAGAAGAAAAUGGCAGGGACCACACUGACCUUCUGCACAGAGAUCUGA